AUGACUGGCAAGCGCAAACGAGUAAUCGAAGCCUGUGUGCCAGAGCAAGGCCAAAAUCCGUUCAGAAAGCUUAAGAUGGGGAAGUCUGAUGGCACGCAUUCCGAUGUCAAUUCCGGAGCGAACGCCACAAGCUCUAGGCAUGCCAACUUUCACUCUAUGCCAUCCUCGACGACUGGCACUGGCAAUGUCUUGCCGCUCUCUUUCCCCCCUGAGCGGUUACGAUUCACGGGGCAUUCUAUUCCUGAUCCUCCUUUCGCGCUUGAUGUGUUUCCCCUUUGUGAUCGGGAUGCGGAUGUAGCCUCCAAGCAAGUCUCAAAUGCAAGGGUAGUCCUCCCCCGUACCAUCGGCUCGGCUGACAUCCCAAAUAGAUACCGGGAUGUUCAUCCGCCGAGCAAACAACCUAAGCUAACAAAAAUUCAGCGCAAGCUUCGGUCCCACGCUCAAAAAGGUACCAACCAUGAGCGUCCCACAAAGAAAGUCAUAGUAGCGGCUCUCAACAGAUUAGCUGCAUCACAAAGUCCUGGUUUGGAGAUUGAUGAAAAUCAAAGGAGGGAUGAGGUCAGAAAUAUCAGGCAAGCGGAUCACAACACGGCUGCUCAGCAUCGACAGGGAGAGGAGCCUGCUCUCCGGAGUGAUCCAGCUCUAGAACCAUCAGAAGAAGGCUCGGUCUUUUCUGCCCAACACCGCACUGAACCUCACAAUGCACAUCAUGAGAACCUAUCCUAUGGGAAGCAACAUGAAAAGGAAGAAAUGCGGAAGCGAGGAGCAGGUCUCAAACUACAGAUCAUCUUAGACACCAACGUUGUGAUCGGACAUCUAGAUUUUAUACGACGGUUACUCAGUUCCUCACAUGAAGAUACUGAACUAUUGAUUCCCAAGGCUGUUCUGACAGAGCUGGACGCGUUCAAAACACAACAUCGAGAGACUGACGUAUACAUCGGACGCAAGAGUAUCAAGCAGGAUAUGUGGUGUGCGGCAAGAGAUGCAACGAAUUGGCUGCUCCAGGCCACUCAAGCACACGAGCGAGUGAAAUUACAGAAUAUGGGCGAUGAACCUAAGGAACUCAGAAAAAGCAAAGAUGGUGACGCUCGAAUCCUUGCUUAUGCUAUCAAAGUGGCCCAUCGUGCUCUAGCUCAGGCCAAGAGAGUCGCCUUAUUUUCCAAUGACAAUAUCUUGCGCUUGAACGCCAAGUCUGAAGGGAUCCUGGCUUAUUCCAUCAACGAUGUCGGGGAUGAUCCCAAUCGACUUCUUUCCGCGAUGACGGCACCUCGUGUCAAGAAAUUUGACCCGAUCACGACUCCGGAACUGGUAGCACACAUUGAAAAAGGUGCGCCUGGAGCCAAUGUCGGUAAUUCCCAGUCAUCGCAUCAACUCGCCCCACCUAAACAGUCAGGAUCUGGCAUCUCUCAGUCUGUCGUCACGGAACCACUACCCAAUUCCAAUUCGGAGCCUCUGGGCAACCAGAUCGCCAUUGACGAAGAGGUUAUUAUUGUGAUGCCUCAUGUUAACUCUGGCCAUACCUAUGUACACAACACCGAGGGUGCGCUUAGUGCCAAUCAACUCGGAAAACGCAAGGAAAAUAACGCACCCGAUCCAGUUUCACCUCGAACCUCUGAUCCGACCGACACAACUCUGAUAUCGGAAGAUUUUGACUUUCUGGAUGGCCGCCCAAUUGAAAGUCCUAACGAUAUGAGCAGCUUGUCAGAAAGCGAGAACUGUUCACUCAAUUGGCUCACUCGGGAGAUCCCAAGUGAAGAACUCGAUGCAUUCAUUGGACAGCCCGCAGCUGCACCAUCUCCUAGCUUUGUUCCUGACAUCCAUAGCGCUAAACAAGCUCUUAACAACAUACUCGAGAACCUCAGCCAGUUCUUCAAGAAGCAUCCAUAUCGAGAUCCUGCAGAGCAGCAUGCCCGGGCUGAGUUGACAAGAUCAGUGAUUGAACAAGGCCGUUUGGUGAUGUCGGCUAUCACUCCUCCCACAAAAGAAUCUGUUGUCCAGAACACCUCAAGUUGA